UGUUACAAUGGGUGAGAGGUUUGGAUUGAAAGGGAAUGAUUUACAAGAUUUUGUUGAAAAGAAAGAGAGAGAACAGUAUGAAAGAAUGGAAAGAGUAGCAGAAAGAGAAGCUAGAAAGAUUGAAAGUGAAAUAGAGUUAGAAAAAAUCAAAAGAGAAACUGAAUUGCAUAGAGUUAAAUCUGGAGAAUUAGCUUCUAGUUCAGGUCUUGCUUCGCAAUCGCUUGCUAAAUUACCAAAGUUACCUCCUUUUGAUGAAUCUAAAGAUUGUAUUGAUUCGUAUUUGCAGAGAUUUGAAAAGUUUGCUUCUUGUGCAAAGUGGGACAAAUCAUCUUGGGCGAUGAAUUUGAGUGCUCUUCUGACAGGUAAAGCUCUCGAGGUUUAUUCUAGACUUCCGGUUGCAGAGGCAUUAAAGUAUGAAUCAUUGAAAGGGGCAUUAUUAAAGAGAUUCCAACUUACGGAAGAGGGAUUUCGUUUGAAGUUUCGAUCCAGCAGACCUGAAAAUGGUGAGAAUCCUUCACAGUUCUUUGCUACACUUGAUAAUUAUGUGGAAAAAUGGUUUUGUUUGGCAGGAAGUACUAAAUCAUAUGAAAACAUUAAAGACUUAUUUUUGCGAGAACAAUUUCUAAACAGUUGUAGUAAACAAUUAGGAAUGUAUCUUAAGGAGCGCCAUCCAAAAACUGUAGAGGAAAUGUCGAAUCUGGCAGACCAAUUCAUUGAAGCUCAUGGCUAUCCAUCAUUUGUUAAAGACUUUCAAGUUUUUCAGAAGCAAAAUCCGGGCAACAGUGGUUUUAGAAGCGCUGGCAGUGGAACUGGCCCGAAGCAGCAAUCAUCUUCAACUUCAUCACAGCAGAACUACGACAGAAGGUGUUACAUUUGUCAUAGAAAUGGACAUUUGGCAAAAGACUGUAAUAAUAAACAGACAAUUCCGCGCACAUUUACUCUUUCGCGCAGCAUCCAGAAAGCAGCAGCUUUACAGAAUCCACAUGAAUGUGAGUUAAACUGUGAUGAAUCUAAUGACAGUUCUAGUUUCAGUUUACCAAAUUCCACAGAAGUCACAACCAACGAGGUCAUGCCAUGUCAAAAUCAGCCGCAUAUGGGAUCAGCAUGUAUCCUUACAAAUAAAUUGUUGGAGUGUUGUGUCACAGAUGGACAGGUAAAACUUGCUUGUGGACACAUUUUGCCCGUACUUGGAGGAGUAUGCAAGGUAUGUGAAUAUAUGCCUGUUCAAAUGGGUUAUGUUGGUGGAAAUCUGAUUAAAGUUUUAAGAGACACUGGCUGUAGUGGAGUAGUUGUGAAGAGAGAUUUAGUCACAGAUGAUCAGCUGACUGGAGAAGUGCAGAGAUGUGUUUUGAUUGAUGGUACAGUACGGAACGUAGAAGAGGCAUCCAUUUAUGUGGAUACUCCCUAUUUCACUGGUAAUGUCAAAGCAUUAUGCAUGAAAGAACCUGUUUAUGAUCUUAUCCUAGGUAACAUUGAUGGAGUCAGAAAUCAGAAUGAUCCAGAUCUUCAGUGGUGCAGAAAAGAAGAAAGGAGCGAGUGCAGUCAAGUUCUCCAAGCAGUGCAGACUAGAGCUCAAAAGAAGAAAGAAAACCAAGGUAUGAAGAAACUAAAUGUGACAGGUUUAGUAGAUGCUGAUUUGACAUUGGACCAGAUGAAACAACUUCAGAUGGAAGAUGCAUCCCUGAACGUAUACCACGAACAUGCAGCGUCAGGAAGGAAGAAAACGAUCGGUGAUUACAUUGAGACUUGGUUUAGCGUCGAUAGAGGACUGUUGUACAGACACUAUCAUUCAACAAAGGUUAGUGAUACAAAACAUUAUAAGCAACUUGUUGUUCCAGAACCUUUACGAACGAAAGUCAUGAAGAUUGCGCAUGAUAGUAUCUUAGGAGGGCAUUUGGGGACUAAGAAGACUCUAGAUCGGAUCCUUUCGAAUUUCUAUUGGCCGGGGAUACAGGGAGAUGUGACGAGAUAUUGCCAGUCAUGUGAUGUAUGCCAAAGAACAUUCCCUAGAGGCAAAGUGAUUAAAGUACCUUUGAAUGAGAUGCCGAUUAUCGACACGCCAUUUGAACGUGUUGCUGUAGACUUGGUAGGUCCAUUAUAUCCAAUAACUGACAAAGGAAAUAGAUAUAUAUUGACUGUUGUAGAUUACAGUUCUAGAUAUCCAGAAGCAGCUGCAUUGAAGAACAUCGAUACAGAGACAGUAGCAGAAGCAUUGGUGGAAAUUUUUAGCAGAGUUGGCAUUCCAAGGGAAGUUCUGUCAGACAUGGUGUUAGAGGACCGAUGGCAGUUUUGAAGGAAUUAUGGACGAAGGAAGAGAACGACCCUGAAGUGAAAACUACUUACCAGUAUGUAUUGGACCUUAAGGAAAGAUUGGCAAGAACGUGUGAACUGGCUCAUGAAGAACUACAGAAAUCCAAGGAACGCUACAAGAAAAACUAUGAUAAAAAGGCAAAGUCUCGAUAUUUCAAGGUUGGUGAUUUCGUUCUCCUUUUACUUCCAACUGAUAAUAACAAACUUUUAAUGCAGUGGAAAGGACCUUUCAAAGUUGUGGAGAGGGUAGG